AUGAUGCCCUACCAACAUUAUUUGCAUCGCAGAUUUGAUAUUCAGCUCUCUCCUGUGGCGGCGAGUAUCAUUGAUUGGGCACCGCCAAGCCGCGAUGCCCCAGCUGUUUCCGACGUAUCAUCUAGCUUCCCCUCGUCAGGUGAGGGGAAGACCACCUCCGAGAAUGGAGGCAGGAAGAAGCCCUUCCGUGACUGGGGACAAAAACCGGAUGACGCAGAAAAUUUUGCGCGUAGCUCUCAGCUUAUGGAAGGCGGACCUUACGCGACCGAGAGCGGCGCUGCGGCCUCCUCGGAGGCGGGCUUAAAGCCGCAUAGCUCAACAGCUCCCCUUGUGUCUGAUCGUGGUUCACGGGAAGCGCGUUCCUGCCACAAGACGGCAUAUCUUCGUUUGUCUCAAAGUCAUUGGACGGUGAAUUCGUAUGCCGCAACGUCUUUGCUCUCUCGUGGAACUUUUAGCUUGAAUGCGGGGCUAUUUUCGGAUUUUGGUGUUGCGCUCGGCGCUGCUUCUUCAGCCGUUGCGUGGCCGUCACCAACGCCACAGUCCGUCGGACGCCUUUGUUUUUACGCGACGGACACAUUCCAGUUGGAGUGUAUUUGGCGGCGGAUGCAGUGGGCGGGCGCAGUUAAGCUUUUCGGUUUGUGGCCGUCGACGGCGCUGCCUGUGUGCGAGCUUACGGGCGUGACCCCCAGAACGGAUUGGUGUGUGCAGGCUGAUAGGUUGCUCUUCAACUGGAGUUGGUUUUGGCGCAUCUUUGUGCGAGAUGAACGGAGUUGUCGUUGGAACUCGUUGAUCUCUCAAAACUCCCCGGCGGAGCCACCACCUGCGUCGGAGGAGGGGCUUGACACGUGUGGGACAACCGCCGCAAAAAACGCACCACCGCCGACGAAGUGGGCGGCAGCCUCGCCAUCGCACAGAUACGCUGCCUCCGCCAGGCAGGAUGAGAAGCAUCACCCACAACCACGUGCGGUGCAGAGUCACCACGAGGGAAGUCUCGAGAAGGCAACAGCUGCUUUUGCGGUUGAAGAUGAAAUUGCGUACGACGACGACAGAGGCGAAAUGCGUGGCGGGCGUGGACGCCUUGGUGCAAAGGCUCUGAACCAUGAUGUGGGAAAGAGUCCUUUGCACACCACAAGUGGCGAGGAAAACUAUAGGUGGUGGUCUCUGAAGGAGCUCCGAUGCGGGGCGGGCUUUGCUGUAAAGAACGACCUGGCGAGUGGCGUCAAUGUCUACUGUGGUUGCAGUGGUCACUUUGGUAGGGCGCUAACUGUCUCCACACACGUGGACGUACUUCAUCGUGCGUGCUGCUCCAUUACAUCGAACACCAAGUCACUCGAUUUAGCGGCCCGCCUGCGAAUGAACCUUAUCACCUGGCACCGCACCGAGUUGGACGCCGGUCUGGGUUGGCGGCCAUUCAAGCAGGUUCCUGGCCUCACGUGCCGGCUGUCUCGUUCCAUGGGUCGCACAUCUGCCGGCAUCACGAUCAGAGAUAUUGGUACUCAGUACAACAAACUGCUUUCCAGCCGGCAUGCGAAGCGGGAAGAACAUGCAGCGCAACAGGGGCGAGAAGGACAACUGCAGCAGCGACAACAUGGACGGCGUGACCCACAAGGGAAUUUGAGGGGGAUAGCUUCCAAUUCAACAACCUCCACAGCAUGGUCAUUCUCAGACUGGUACGACCCGUACAUUAGGUGGAUGUGGCGUCUGGGUCGGUCGAUUACCGGUUCAGCCUCACUUGCCGCCUCAUCGGCUGCUGCGUCUUCCGCAACGGGUGCGAUAACGCAUGGCCCGGGCCUCCGCAAACGCUUCUCGCAGGCCAUGCUAUGGGUGAUUGAAUACGCGGAUGCGCUCUUUCGCCAAACGGAGUUUGACCUAACAAUGGGUCUGGAGGAGCAGCGACAUCAUUCAAGAAGAUUGCGCUGCUUCUUUGUUCUCUCGGCCCAUUAG